AUGGCUUUUUUAGAGACAGAGGGAGCAAAGAAUGUUAUUGAGGCGUGUGGGAGAGCUGCAUGUGUUAAGAGAUAUAUCUUUACUUCAUCUCUACUCGCUUCUAUAUGGCAAGCCAAUGCUGCCAAUGCAGUCAUCAAUGAGAGUUGUUGGAGUGAUGAAGAGUUCUGCCGAGACAACAAGGGGGGACAGAUGAUGAUAGAACAAGGUGUGUUGGCACCUGUGGAUGUUGACACUGCUGCAAAGGCACAUGUAGAUGUUUAUGAAGCUAUGGAUUAUGGAGCUUGUGGGAGAUACUUAUGCUAUGAUAGAGUUGUGAAAAGAUUAGAUGAGGUUAUUGAUCUUGAGAAUGGGUUGAAGAUGCAUGGCCUAUUGUCAAGAGGAAGAAAUGCUUUAUCAAACCAAGUAGAAGAUGAAGAAAGUGAUCAGUGCCCACUUAGUAAUGCUAGGCUUGCUAAAUUGGUAUCUUAUGCUUCUCAACAUGUAUCUUGCAAUCAGUGA